UUGGAAUUUAAACUCUUCCAUGCUGUCCUCAGACCUCAUUCUGUUUCUUUCCUAGUGUUGAGGAGGAGACACUUCAUCCAGGAAGUCACUGAGUAUCUGCAGGACUCAGCAAGCAGAAGAGACCUGCAGCUCCUGUUGGCCAAAGAUGAAGCCUGGAAGGUGUUGGUGACAGAGGCUGAAUUGUCCAGGGAUGAGGAAGCUGAACUGUGUAAGGCUCUGAAGCUGCUCCUAGAGCUCCCAGGCCUGGAGGACAAAGAGCGGUUUCAACGAGAGCUGCAGGACAGGAAGAGGUUUCUAGAAGCUUUUCCUGAGUUGAAAGGGAAGCUGGAGGGAAACAUUAGGAAGCUCCGAGCUCUGGCUGACCAUCUUGACCAGGUGCACAGGGGCUGUACCAUCUCCAAUGUGGUGACCAACUUCACCAGCGCUGCCUCUGGAGUCCUGGGCAUCCUGGGUAUAGCUCUGGCUCCUGUGACAGCAGGGGGCAGUCUGCUGCUCUCAGCCACUGGGUUGGGGCUGGGGGUGGUGGCUACUGUGACUGGUGCUGCCACUGUAGUUGUGGAAGAAACAAGCAAGUGGUCAGAUGAGGCUGAAGCCAAGCGCCUGAUGUCAGACACCAUGGACAUGAUGAAGAAGCUUCUUGUCCUGGGAAAGAUUGCAUUUAAACUUUCUAUAAGCUCCUAUGGUCUCUGCAAAAAAUUGAAAACCUUGGGACAAAACAUCCGCGCCAUUAGAGCAGCCAGAGCCAACCUUCACUUAGUGGCAGAUGCCAAGCUCCUCGUGACGACUGGAGGAAUCCCUGCCCAACGAGCUAGUCAGCUGCAGAAUGUCUUUGAAGGCACUGCUCUGGCAAUGACUAAAAAAGCCAGAAUCAGAGGGGCCACUGUUGCAGGUGUCUUCCUUGCGCUGGAUGUGUAUUUCCUUUUAAGGGACUCAAUGCAUUUAUACGAUGGAGCAAAAUCAGAGUCGGCCGAAGAACUCUGGGCCCUGGCUCAGGAGCUGGAGGAGAAGUUGUCGGAGAUUGCCCAGAUUCACAAGACCCUCUAGGAUGAUGUGCUCUGA